GGGGCGGGGCGGGCCGCCGGGAGCGGGCGGGCGGCCGGGCCGGGAGCGCGGAGCCGCCUGGGCCCGACAUGGGCAACGCCGCCGCCGCCAAGAAGGGCGGGGAGCUGGAGAGCGUGAAGGAGUUCCUGGCUCGGGCCAAGGAGGAUUUCAUCAAGAAAUGGGAGAACCCGGCGCAGAACACGGCGAGCCUGGAGCAGUUCGAGCGCAUCCGCACGCUGGGCACCGGCUCCUUCGGGCGCGUCGUGCUCGUGCGGCACCGCGACAGCGGCCACCACUACGCCAUGAAGAUCCUGGACAAGCAGAAGGUGGUGAAGCUGAAGCAGAUCGAGCACACGCUCAACGAGAAGCGGAUCCUUCAGGCCGUCGCCUUCCCCUUCCUCGUGCGCCUCGAGUACUCCUUCAAGGACAACUCCAACCUCUACAUGGUGAUGGAAUACAUCCCGGGGGGGGAGAUGUUCUCCCACCUGCGCCGCAUCGGCCGCUUCAGCGAGCCGCACGCCCGGUUCUACGCCGCCCAAAUCGUGCUGACGUUCGAGUACCUGCACGCGCUCGACCUCAUCUACCGCGACCUCAAACCCGAGAACCUGCUGCUCGACCGGCAGGGCUACAUCGAGGUGACGGACUUUGGCUUCGCCAAGCGGGUGAAGGGCAGGACCUGGACCCUCUGCGGCACCCCCGAGUACCUGGCCCCCGAGAUCAUCCUCAGCAAGGGGUACAACAAGGCUGUGGAUUGGUGGGCUUUGGGGGUGCUCAUCUAUGAGAUGGCCGCGGGGUACCCCCCGUUCUUCGCCGACCAGCCCAUCCAGAUCUAUGAGAAGAUCGUCUCGGGGAAGGUGCGGUUCCCGUCGCACUUCAGCGCGGAGCUGCGGGACCUGCUGCGGAACCUGCUGCAGGUGGAUCUGACCAAGCGCUUCGGGAACCUGCGCAACGGCGUCGGCGACAUCAAGGGCCACAAGUGGUUCUGCGCCACCGACUGGAUCGCGCUCUACCAGCGCAAGGUGGAAGCCCCCUUCGUGCCCAAGUGCAAGGGCCCCGGGGACACGAGUAACUUCGACGAGUACGAGGAGGAGGAGAUCCGCGUGUCCCUCACCGAGCGCUGCCCCAAGGAGUUCGCCGACUUCUAGGGACAAGGGGGUCCCCCAAACCGGGGGGGGGCCCCCCCAAACCCCAUGGCGGGGGUUCCCCCCCCGCCAUGGCCAAUAACCCCCCCGUAAGGGGGGGCCAACAGCCUCGCACCGGUGAGCACUGGGACCCCUGCGCCCCCCCCGUGGGGUCAUUUUGGGGAUGUCCCCACCCCAAUGGACAUGGGGGGGGGGGCUUCAUUUGUGUGUCCCCCCCUCCCUGGGGGGGAUUUCAGGGCAGAGAUUUGCCCCCCUGGGGUAGUUUGGGGAUAGAUUCCUCCUCCCCUCCCCGGGGUUGGAUUUGCCCCCCCUCGGGGUAAUAUUGGGGUGCAUUUGCCCCCCCAUAAUAUAGGGGGGGAUUUGCCCACUCCCGGGGUAAUUAAGGACUAAAUUUGCCCCCCCUGGGGGGGGUUCCGGGGGGUUUAUUUCCCCCCUCUUUUACCCAUGGGGGGGGGCUCGACCCCCUUCUUUUUGACGGGGGGGAGGCCAGGGUUCGACCCCCCCUUUUCCCCCCAGUUUUAACUGAUUGUGGCGCUUUUAGCCCCAGAACGCAUGGGGCGGGGGGGGGGGGGGGGUGUCACAGGAUUAGGGGCUGCCUGGAAGGGAGGGGCAUGAACUGGGGGGGUCCCCGCGCCCCCCCCGGGCUCCUUGUGAAGAUCUUUGAGACAAACCCAAUAAAGCUUUGUUUAAA